AUGAGCCAGGACACCACAGGGACUCGCACUCGCUCCAAAGCCAUGCGCGGCUCCAGUGACCCCGGGGCCACGGAGCUCAGACAGGACAGCAGCAGUUGUCCGACUCCGGGUUGUGAUGGGAAAGGCCACGUCAGCGGAAGAUACGCACGACACAGGAGUGUGCUGGGCUGCCCCCUGGUGAAGAAGAGGAAGCUGGACGAGGAAGAGGAGCAGAGCGCCCCAAAAAAGAAGAGCCCGCAGGUGAAGGGGGCGGAGCCUGACGCCGACACAGUUCCAGAAGUUCCAGAGGAACCAGUGGCUCCAGAGGCUUCAAAGGCCUCAAAGAAAUCAGUGGAAGUCCCCGAGGAACCAGAGGAACCUGAGGAACCCGAGACUCCAGUGGAACCACAGGCUGCUGCAGAACCAGAGGAUCUGAAAGCUCCAGAAGAACCCAGGGACCUGGAUGCUUCAGGAUCUCCAAAGGCUCCAGUGGAGCCUGAGGAACCAGAGUCUCCAGAGGCUCCAGUGGAACUUGAGGAAGCAGAGGAACUAGAAGCUCCAGCCUCUCCAGCAGUUCCAGUGGAGCCUCAAGAACAAGAGUCACUAGAGGUUUGUUUGGAUCCUGAAGAACAAGAGUCACCAGAGGUUUCAUUGGAACCUGAAGAUCCUGAGUCACCAGAGGUUUCAGGGGAACCUGAAGAAUCAGUGUCUCCAGAGGUUCCAGAAGAAGAACCUGCUCCAGAGGGACUAGAAGUUCCCUAUAACAAUGUCCUUCCAGUUCCAGAAGUGGAUCAUGCUCAUCUGAAGCUCACAUCUGAAUGUCAGUCUUCUGAAGACACUCAAGAGAACACAGAGGAGGUCCAGCCAUGGGGAAGACAGGAGAACCUUGAUGAAGAUGUCCCUGAGGACCUACCUGAGGAGGUCCCUGAGCAGGCAGACGUAGAGCAGCAGGUGCAGUGCACUCCGCUGGACCAUCAGUACUCCAGCGGAGAUUACUGCCACGGGGCUAAAGACAGCAGCAUGAGGCAGGGCAAAGAGGAGGAGGACGAUGAGGAGGAAGAGGAGGAGGGCUUCUACCAGGACAGCCCCACCUCCCUGAGCCUCUGCAGCCAGGACUCCCACACGGAGAUGGUCCUCAGAGAGAAGAUCUGCACUCCAGAGCAGCAGGAGGAGGAGGAGCAGCAGGCCGAGCAGGGGCCAGAGGUGCUGGGAGACUCCAACAAGAGCUCACCUGCUACAGUCGUCAUCGAGGUGCGGUCGGACGACGACGAGGAGGACGCCGGCUCCGAGGGCUCUGGGGUCACCGAGGGGUCAGGGGUCACAGAGGGGUCAGGGGUCACGGACGACUCGGACGACUGGGACAUGGCCCGAGGAAACCUGCUGCUGCUGGAGCAGGCCAUCGCUCUGAAGGCCGAGGAGGUGAAGGGGACUCAGGGACACAGUGGACUCACCGUCCCCCAGGGCCCACGCAGGAUCCCCCACCACAGCAAAGAUAAGAAAGAGGUGAAGUGUCCGACGCCGGGCUGCGACGGGACGGGUCAUGUGACCGGGCUGUACCCGCACCACCGCAGUCUGUCGGGGUGUCCGCACAAAGACAGGAUCCCCCCGGAGAUUCUGGCCAUGCACGAAAACGUCCUGAAGUGUCCCACUCCAGGAUGCACGGGACAGGGACACGUCAACAGUAACCGCAAUACUCACCGCAGUCUGUCCGGGUGUCCCAUCGCCGCGGCCAAGAAGCUGAACCGCAGCGUGAGUCAGGAGAAGCCCAUGCCCUCGUCCAGCGACCUGUCCAACUCCGACCGUGUACUCAGGCCCAUGUGUUUCGUGAAACAGCUGGAGAUCCCUCAGUUUGGCAGCUACCGGCCGAGCUCUGCCACGCCCACGCCCCGGGCCAACCUGGCCAAGGAGCUGGAGAAAUACUCCAAGGUUUCCUUCGACUAUGCAAGUUUCGACGUUCAGGUGUUCGGCAAAAGAACGCUCAUCCCCAAAGCUCCAGGUCCCAGCACAGACACUUCACCUAAAGCCUUCAAGACUAAAGUUUUCUCCAAGCCCCCGUCCCCCAGCCCGUCUGCCUCGGCGGGCUUCACCUCGGCCGGUAACACGUCCUCAGAGUACGACUACAGCCAGGAGGCGGAGGCGGCGCACAUGGCAGCCACCGCCAUCCUCAACCUGUCCACGCGCUGCUGGGAGAGCGGGCAGCCGCACCCGCACCCGCCGCACCCGCCACACCCGCCUCACCAGACUCACCCGCCUCACCCGCCCACUGCCAAGGACUCUGGCAUCGAGGUGGACGAGAACGGGACGCUGGACUUGAGCAUGAAGAAGAAGAAGGAGGAGCAGGCUGUUCCGGAGAGCCCGUACCCCCCCUCCUGCGUCACGCCCUCCCCGCUCACGCCCUCCUCCCUGCCCCCCUCCUCGCAGCACGACUGGUCCGAGCCUCUGGACUGCAGCACCACCAGCGGCGUCAAGGAGGAAGAGGAGGAGGGAGAGGAGGACGAGUACGUGGUUCGCUCGUACAGCUCGUCCGAAGCCGACGACGAGGAGCAGGACCCGCUGGAGGAGAGGAGGUAUCCCGGGGAGGUGACCAGCAGCUGCUUCAAACUCAAGCUCCAGAGCAAAGACAGCCGCAAGGAGACGCUCGUUUGUCCCACUCCGGGCUGCGACGGGAGCGGACACAUCACCGGGAACUACGCGUCACACCGAAGUCUUUCUGGGUGUCCUCUGGCUGAUAAGUCUCUUCGGACGCUUAUGGCGGCGCACACGGUCGAGCUGAAGUGCCCCACGCCCGGCUGUGACGGCUCUGGACACAUCACCGGGAACUACGCGUCGCACCGCAGUUUGUCAGGAUGCCCACGAGCCAAGAAAGGAGGCGUCAAAUCCACCCCGACCCGAGACGAGAAGGAGGACUCAGAGCUCAUCAGGUGCCCCGUGCCCGGCUGUGACAGUAUGGGCCACAUCAGCGGGAAGUACGCCACUCACCGCAGCGCGUACGGCUGCCCCCUGGCGGCGCGGAGGCAGAAGGAGGGUCUGCUGAACGGGAUGCCCUUCUCCUGGAAAUCCUUCAAGAGCGAGGGCCCCACCUGCCCCACGCCGGGCUGCGACGGCUCCGGCCAUUAUUAUGACAUAAUCGUGGCUCUUGUUGUGUGUCUCAGUUUGUCCGGUUGCCCUCGAGCCUCAGCCAAUAAGAAGAGAGCCAAACUUCAGGGAGACGACUUCAUGACGGCCAAGUUCAGAGCCAGUGACGUGCUGGACAACGACGAGGACAUCAAACAACUGAACAAAGAAAUCACUGAACUCAACGAGUCCAACUGUGAGAUGGAGGCCGACAUGGUCAACCUGCACACUCAGAUUUCCACGAUGGAGAGGAGCCUGAAGAACAUGGAGGAGGAGAACAAGCAGAUCGAGGAGAACAACCAGGCCCUGUACCUGGAGCUGUCGGGCCUGAGCAGAGCCCUCAUCCACAGUCUGGCCAACAUCCGGCUGCCCUCUCUGGAGCCGCUGUCGGAGGAGAACUUCGAGCGCUACGUGGACACGCUCACCGACAUGUUCUCCAACAGAGAGUGCUACCAGAACCCGGAGAACCGCGCCCUCCUCGAGUCCAUCAACCAGGCCGUCAAAGGCAUCGCCGUGUGA